UGGAGACCAUAAUGAAGAAGUUCACAGACUCACUGUCAUCUAAACCUCAGUGGGACAAAGCGAACGUGACUCUGGAUCCAGACACGGCCAAUCCCCGACUCAUCCUGUCUGCGGAUCGGAGAAGUGUGAGAUGGGGCACAUGGCAGAAUCUGCCCAAAAAACCUGAGAGAUUUGACACUGAGCUCUGUGUGCUGGGCUGUGAGGGAUUCACCUCGGGCCGUCAUUACUGGGAGGUGGAGGUGGAGUUGGGGGGAUCCUGGGCUGUGGGGGUGGCCAAAGAGUCUGUGAGGAGGAAGGGAGGGAUCAGCCUUAACCCUGAGCAGGGGAUCUGGGCUGUGCAGUGCUGGGGGGAUCAGUACUGGGCUCUCACGUCCCCUCGGCAGCGCAUCCCCUUCCCCCCGAGCUGGGCACCCCGCAGGAUCCGGGUGUAUCUGGACUAUGAACGGGGGCAGGUGGCGUUUUUCGAUGCUGGUACCGGGGACCCGAUAUUCACUUUCCCGCCGGCCUCUUUCGCCGGGGAGAGAAUCCGCCCGUUCUUCAGGGUCGGUGUUACUGUGCGGCUCCUCUAGCCCCGACCCCCCUGAUCUCUAGGACCUGGAGGACUCAGCCAGCCCAGCCAGACAGGGCUGCAGGGGGGUGAUGCUCUACCCGUAGCUCUGGCUGUGGAGGUCUGUGUGAGGCUCUAGGCUGGUCUCUAUGAUCCUGGGAGGCCAACGCUGUGUGCAGUGGGGGGGGGUGAGUCCCACCAAGGACGGAGGGAGCCCCCCUGUGGGAGGGACGCAGCCGAGGGCCAGGGAGAGACCCCUCAA